ACAAAUGAUUAGAGAGUAAAAAGGAAAAAUUUGUAUUUCAACUACUGCAUUUAAAAUCUGAUUUAGAGCUUGUGUCAACCACACCUGUGGAGCAAUAAAAUCUCAACAUGAAUUUCUUACGUAACAUAACAUUCUCCACAAGGAAAAUCAUUAACGUUAAGCUCUUUUCGAGUGAUAUGAAUAAUGAAUUGAUUAACUCCUCAAAGUUUCCUGAAUUGGUGAUUGCCAGACCUAAAAGACGUCCUGAUGAAACAAUAGAAGAGAAGAAAGCACGGCUUCUGUAUCAAUCUAGAAAAAGAGGAAUGUUGGAAAAUGAUCUUCUAUUGAGCACAUUUGCAUCUAAAUAUUUGAAACAGUUCAAUAAUAAGCAAGUAGCUGAUUAUGACAGGAUGAUAAAUGAGGUUUCUAAUGAUUGGGAUCUUUAUAACUGGGCUCUUGGAGUGAAACCAAUACCUGUGGAUUAUAACAAUGAUGUUUUCAAGCUUUUUAAAGAGCAUGUUAAGAAUACAAAGAAAGAAACCAGAUUCAGACAACCUGACCUUUAUUAAUAGCAUUAUUUGAUGAAUUGUAUGAUUGAAAUAUAGUUGAAAAUGAACAAUUUUCUAUGUC